AUGGCAAGCAGGUGCUGCGUCAGCCACAGGCAGCUGGCUGCUGGCCUGGAGUGUGCUGCACCCAUAGGGCUGCCUGAGCCAAAUGCUACUGGUAUAAAAGAUGAAGUUCCUUCAGCGUUUUCUUCCCAGCUUGAAACGGAUGACUUUGUCAUCUGUCAGAGGCCUAUGGAACUACUUGGGGAGGAAAGUAGACUAUGCGGAAUACUGGUAACACUGGAAUCAGUAGCGUUAGCUAAGGAAGACACCGAAUGUUUCCAAGUGCGGUACCUCCUAUUCAGACGUUUUACUCCAGAUCUGUCAUCUUUUGUCUUCUCUGCCGAAGAGGCAAAGUUGCAUUCUCUUCAGCUGCUGCCUAUGUAUCAGACAGGAAGUUUCAUGACCGCCAAUGAAAAUACUACAGCCAAGAAAGAAUUGCUAAGUGUCUUCUGUUUUUUCUCCUUGCCUCAUAUUGGUUAUCUCUAUACCAUUGGGAAUUUGAUAGAGCUGCUUUCUACCUAUCAGUACUCAGAGAAAUCUCAGCAGGCAGUUCUUACUCCACAAUUCCUACAUGUUAUUACAAGUAACAGCUUGCAGUGUUUCACAGUACGAUGCAGUGCAGCAGCAGCUCGUGAGGAGGAUCUAUACAUUGAUACAACCAUGAAGGCUUGCCCACCUGUGUCUCUAGAUAUCUGUGCAUUAAGAAUGCAGCUUUUUAUAGGGCUGAAAACUAUUUGUCACUUCAGCAACCACAUAAUUCUUCUAACUAAGGCAGAUAGUGAAGAUAUUACUGGAAGAAGAAAGCCUUCGAGAAGGGUCCUUUCCAGAAAGGCUGAUAGUGUCAAACUCAAGUCUCCACCUGAGUCAGAACCUGGCUGGAAUUUAUAUAUCGUGAACACUAUUUCAACCAUUCAGCUUUACAAAGAAAUGGUAGAGUACAGUAAGACAUAUGAAAAUGUUGGAACAGAGAGUUGCAUCCAUCUUCUAAGUGAGGCUCAUUUGUUAGUCAGAGCAGCUCUAAUGGACCCCAGUCUGAUGGAAUCAGAAGAGAGAGAGAAACUCCUGGCAGCAUUCAGAGAAAGUUGUGCUCAGUUAGGAGACUGUUACAGCAGGUUUGACAUAAAGGAUUACCAUCUUGCGCUGCCUUACUACAAGAUGUCUGGCUUAUCCAUAACUGAAGUUUUGAAGAGAAUAGACUCAUUGGUAGAGGGUGGAACACAGAAAUAUGAAAAAGGAUUUAUCUUUUACUUAAAUCAUUCUCUUUAUGAAGAUUUAAAUGAAGAGUUAAGCAAAGAAUCAGCAGCCAAAGUUCUUCAAAUAUUCCAUCUUGCUGAACCAAACCACCUGCCCCAUGUGCUCUGCAGUCCGUUCAUGAAGAAUGUAUGUCCCGGGAUGGCAAUGGAGAUUUUGCAGGAAGUGGAAAUGAUUAUGCCAUCAGUGCUGUUGACACUAACCAAAGCUGCCAUGGCUUUGAAAAUGGGAGACCUCAAGGCAUAUAAAAAUGAACUGGACUGUUACACAGAGAUGAGGCUGGCAUGUGGCUUUAUUGGGGAACCAAGACUUCUGAGGCAGCAGAGAGAAGGGCGCAUUGUUCCAACGGAACUUGCCAUUCACCUGAAGGAGACACAGCCUGGGUUCCUGGUGGCUUCGAUGUUGGCUUUGCAUGAGAACAAUAAAAUUGAAUUGGAAGAAGCAGAUUCUUAUUUCAAGAUGCUUUGUGGGAAGAAUGAAGAUACUACCCCUCAGCUAUUAGUAGACUUCUGGGAAGCCCUCCUUGUAGCAGGUCCCGAGAGAGAAAUACUCCCGGAGCUUUUGUUCAAGCUUACUUCACAGUACAUUUGGAGACUAUCAAGGAAACAGCUUCCUGAUUCCAAGCCACUGAAAACAACAGAGGAUCUGAUAAACUCCUGUAAUCAUUAUGGGUUAAUUUUCCCUUGGGUGACCUUCAUGAUGUCAUUGGGACCUGCAUGUGAUAAGAAUCCUGAAGAUCUUUCAAAAGUACAGUCUCUCUUAUGUGGUCCAUCGGUCGAUGUAGCUUCAGUUCUGCCUUUCUUGGAACUGUUAUCAGAAGACAGUAAUGAUGGUCUCAGUGUCCAUGUUCUAUGCACUACUCGGGCAGGAGAGUAUGAGAAAUCCAUUGACAAGCUCCUAGAGAAGUGUCCUGAAGCACUCAUACCGUAUGCUCAGCAUGAGCUGAAAGAUGAAAAUCGGGCUCUGUGGUGGAACAGACUUCUUCCUGAACUAUGUAAACGAACCAGAUAUGCUGGGGAUGACUACUCUAUUCUCCUCUCAUCACUGAAAGAAACUUUAUCCAUUGUUGCCAUGGAACUGGAGCUAAGGGAUUUCCUUAAUGUUCUACCAGAUGAUGGGACUGCAGCAUUUUUCCUGCCACAUCUUCUUCAGUGCAGCAAAAGGAAAACAGUGACUUAAACACAGUGAAAAAUGUGAAGUUGAAAGCGCUGCAAUAAACAGGCAAAACUAUAUGGUGGAAUUGUACAUAAAAUAUUGUGGGAGUCCAUCUGCUUAUAUAAUCUACACACCUAAUGGGUGUGGUCCACUGUCCCAUGUAGUGGCAGUUACACCACUUACAGCAAGAGAUAAGAACAAGGAAAUCUAUAGCCUUUGGUGAGAGCCAGUUGGCUUUAUAGCUCAAGCUGUAGAGACUCUACACUAAGCUCCAGAGGUCCUAGGUUCAAAUCUGUCUGGUGGUGGUUAUACUUGCAAGUUAUCUGGGUUUAUUGGAAAAACCAGCCUCUCUUGCUUGUUACCUUAUUAAAUAGUAUAUGCAACAACAAUCAUCACUUGAGGUAGAGUAUCAAUUUUGUAAAUGACAGAAAAGCAUUUCCAGU